AUGGCCACAGAGCCUGCAUUUAACAAGCUAGCUGAAGUUUCCGUCUCGCACCAACUAAACAACCAUCCGAACGGUGCCCAGCAUGGCGUCGAUUACUCGGCUUUAAACGGCGGCUUCCACAACAUCGAGGAUAUAGCCAACAAGCGCAUCACCAGUGUCGAAGAGCAAUUACAUUCCACCGACGUUAGUGUGAGCGGCGGAUCCGACACGGAAGCGUCGCGAGCAAAGGAUGGUGAAAAGAGUCACAGCAGAACCGGCUCUGCCGCGAAGAAGCCCGCCAUGUUCAAGGCUGUCUCCGUCAACAAGACGUUCUUGGCCGCCAAGGCGAACAGCUCGAGUAUAGUCUCAAGAACAACAGAACGGCCCUCGGGAGGCUCCAAUACACCCCCUCCUGGAUCAUCAGCUAUAUCAGCAUCUCGACCCAGGCUUGUCGCCAAGGCUGGCAACGGCGCGAGAGAUUCGGUGCCGCGUUUCACUGCCACGAACGGUAGCAAGUCAGGGUCCGUACCAGAUGCAAACGCGGUUUGGAACAAGAAUCGACCGCCAGAGCCCAAGAAAUUUACCGAUGAGGAGCUCAAGAAAUACGGUAUUCAUAUGGCUAGUCGCCUUAAUGAAGACGAUGCACAAGGGCAAAACAAAUGGGCUGAUAUUGACGACGACGACGACGACUGGGCUCCAGAAGCAAUCACAUGGGGCGAUGGGACAAAAACGAAACUGCCGCAUCCCGACGAACAUCCACCACAAGAGGAUGUCUCUCAUGGCUCUCAAGAUCGAUUUAACCCGAAACACGAGGUACCCGGCCGAACUCCCCAAUCAGAAUACACAAUACCAAAACCUGCCGGCCUACCUUCCGGAAAAGGUCUCGUUCUGAAGGGUGCCACCCAAGAUCGCCCAGCUCUUGUUGCAAAGCCACCACAGCCACCGGCUCCGGCCAAGUCUCCUUGGGCCCAGCUACCUCCCGUCGAGCGGCCACAGCAGCCCUGGAGUGAAUCAACGGGGUCACCUCGGGGCUCAUACAAGGAGCCAUCGCCUCUAAAAAUGAUGGCUCCCCCGCCUAAGGAAAUUGCUGCAGAUGAUUUCAACCGUUCCUCGUGGAGAGACAGCCAUGCCGGUAGCGGUGGCCGUGAGCUCUACAACUCCCAGUCUGGACGACUUGAGCCUGUCCCAGACCGCCGUGGAUCGAUGCUCUCCGAUCAUUCGAGCAGACAGCUUGCCGUUCUCCAGCGUCAAGCCAAUGACCAUCCAGAGCCGUCUAGCGCUUUUCAAACGAGCCGGACUAGCCACGACGGCUCUUUCAACCGAAGACGAGCAUCGUCUAAUGUUAGCGGUGGCAGUGGUUUUCUCCAGCGCGGUGCUCGCGCCGGUGAGGGACAGUCACAUUACCCUUCCGACGAUCGUGGCCACCGGCGGCCAUCAUUUUCUGGCUCAAACGAAGGGCGUUAUACCCAGCACAAUAUGAACGGCCCUAACCGACAACAUCCUCUUUGGAAUAACGCGGAGACGUCAGAUCUGACACAUGCGGAGCCGCCGAUGCCACAAGAAGACGAUGUUGAAUACCAGAAGAAGUUGAUGAAGGAACGUGUUGAGCUUGCCAGAAAACGCCGGCAAGAAGAAGUCGCUCGCGAAGAGGCCGCUCUGAAGGAGCGUAUCCAGAAGAAGCUGGAGGCGCUUGGCCCUGCACCAGAAAAGAAGCACGAAAAGAAGGACGCUCCCGGUCGUGACGAACCCAGGCCAACCCAAAUUCAUCGCCGUGAAAGGUCGGUCGACAAACAGGUCUCACACCAUGCCAAUACAGGCCCGAAAGAUCCGACAUCAAGACGCCUUUCGCAGACUCAGGAACAGCAGCCUGCUGAAUCAUGGUCUGGUACUAGUCCUCGCCCAGACAGAUUGUCCGCUUGGGGAACUGGACCAAAUGGCCUGGGGAGGAACGUUUGGGGGUCCCCAGAUAAUGACCGCGGUCUUGGCAAUGGAACUUUCAAUCCUGACUUGGGUCGAAUCCCGGGUGCAACUGGUACAUCAAUUCAGACUGCCAAUGGCCCGCAGCCACUUUCAUUACCACCGGCGAUGCAAACAGCACCUAUCGGGUCCCGAAGCUCUCGAUAUGAUGGUCCUGGAACAGAUCUCGCUAGCAAAUGGGUUGCUGCUGUUGCCGAUAGCGAUAAGAAGCUAAAUGCUACCAGGUUGGCUGAGCACGUGAAUAUGGAACGUCAACUAGCUGAAAGAGGUAUUUCAGCGGACGAUGCUCAGCCUGUGAUCAAGGAAACUUGGCGACAAGUUCAUGCACCUGGCGAUGGCACCCGCCAAGUCGUAAACGCCACCAAGGUGCCGAUGCAUACCGUCAAUGCUUGGAAGGCCCCAAGAGAAGACCCGAGGCAUGCGGAACAGCCAAACCCUAGUGUUGCUGCGGGAGUCAUUGGAUCGGCGCCGCCACAUAUGCUGGCCCAAAAUGCUAACGCAUCCUCGCAACCACGGACUUCCCGUUUCUUCCCUGCCAGAGAGCAGCGUCUUGACUCACCGCCAGAUACAAUCAGGCCGUCUUCGCCAUCCGCUCCCCCGCCUACUAUGGAGGGUCAUCCUGCAUAUGAGGGCGAUGCUAGACGUCCUCAGGUUUCACUGCCAAAACCACAGCCGAUUGUGAAGCUCCCACCUUCAGCCAGCCAGCACCAACAGACGCCGUCCAACCGCCAACAGCCCGCCUGGAGUAACAAGGGACCGCCCAACGGCCGUGGGCCACAGCCAUACGGUCAUCAAUCUCAACGAAGUGCAGAGAGCUCUCAGGAACAAUGGCAAGACCGUAUCAACAGCUUACUUCAUAAGGUCUCACCUCCGAAGCCGACCAUAGGAAUGUACGUUGUGAACGUUGCUAGCCGUUCUGGCUAUGACCACAACGGAGCAGGAACUGCAGCAACAGUCGUCCUCCCAGGAAGCCCUCGCCAACCGCAACGGCUCGUAUCUGCUCCCAAGCCACCCGAAUCUAAACCUAUGGCCGAGGAAUGUUUCGAGGAACAGGAGAUGGGUUCUCUCCCUAUAAUUCGACUUCCGACCAAGACUCCUGACGCUGCUUGGCAACCUGUCGUGGUUCAGUUGAAGCCUCUCCCUAGGCGGUACCUUGUUCAUGCUAGCAGCAUCAUGGAGCCAUUCCGCGUCACCGACGAACACUCCGGCAAUUCUGGCAUUAUUCGUGUUCAUCUCCCAGGCAUGCAGUGGCAAAAGACUGUCGCAUUUCCCCAAACAACAAGCCCCUCUCGCGGCGGUCGUGGUAACGGCAGACCUUCGCCUCGCCAUCGUGGUGGUGGACGAGGUGGCAAACGAGAAGCACCUAACUCUCACGGAGACUCGCCUACGAAUCACGGUCGGGGCGGUCGUGGGGGUUAUCGUGCAAAGGGUUCUGACAACUGGAACCGCAACUCAAGCCGAGUCCAGUCUCAAACGCAGCUCUCAAGUUAG